AUGACGCGCCUCCCAACCGUAGAGAUUGACGAGCCUCCCUCGCCCGAUCUUACCGCUGCGCCCAUCGAGGAGGAGGACCACGAUGACGACCUCUCUAUCAACUCGUCCGACUUGGACGACGAGGGGUGGCUCAAUGUUGACAAUGCCGAUGCCGCAAGCGCUGCUGCUUCUACCGCCUCGGCACUCGGGUCAAGCAUACUCUCGGACCUGGCUGUGUCCAGCCGCGAGCCGAGCGAUGUGAGCGCUAGCGAGGACGAGGAUGAGGACGACGAGGAGCCAGCUUGGCCCGAGUUUCAAAAGACCAGGACUGAGCUCGACAUCGAGGACUCGCUGUACGCCGAUGACGACACUCCUGCGGCCUCGAAUGCCUUCGAGUUUAAGAACUCGUGGAUCUUCCCCGAUCCCACCAGCUCGAAUGCAAGCCUAACAACCACUGGGACCAUUACGAACAACACACCUGUUCAUAGCUUCCCAAACAUUCGCGCAAUCCCUCGCCGCACCGCUGAUUCAUUCAUCGAGCAAGAUGAAUCCCCGCUUGUUGAGACAGAGGCCGCAGCACCAAUUGCGCUCGCAAUGCCCCCACCUGACGCUAAGAAGAAGACAGCACCGGGCAAUCCCUUUCUUGCUCACCCUCCCGGUGCUGAGGGAAAGCGAUGGCCUGUCCUACCCGUCCUAAUCGGGAUGCUGCUGCUUAUACUGACGCACUUCGAACUUUCGCCCUUUGAUGUCAUUACGAUGCUGUCACAUAAGUGGGGAACGAGCUCAACCCCAACAUCGCAGCCUCCCCCCCCUCCCCCAGCCUCUGGCAGUCAUUGGGCGCUCGGUACUGCAGAUCUGCAGAUCGUCAAGGACACUCUUGCGGCUCUCACGACAUCGAGCGCAGUCGCGCCGAAGGAAAUCCCCACCGAGGCGCCCACAGCGCCCUCCGAGUACUCCUACGUCUGGAGCAAGUUGCGCAAGAGCGGUGAGAGCUCAACUGAUCUCAUUGCGACGACUGUGGCCAACUCCUUGUCGGUCGUGCCCCAGUUCAGACGCAAGACGUGUCAGUGCCCUCCAGCGCAGUGCAUUUGCCCACGGGCCGCCUCCUUGACCGCCUAUGUCGUCGACGGUCUCAUCGCCAUUGACGUCUACACCCGUUGGAUGGCGAAACUGGUUGUAGACAUGACGAAUCACGCCGGCCAGUGGCUUCGCAGUGAAAUCGAGCUAGAAGUCAAGUAUCAGCGCGAAUUACUCAAAGCGCUUGUCAAGUCACCCGCGGUCCGCGCUGUCGUUGAGAGCGCGAUAGAGACGUCGCAUACAAUGUCCGAUCUUUACAGGGCCACCCGUGAGCGUGUGUGCUCGGACAGACGCUGCGUACAGGCUGCGGACAGAGUGCGCCAGCUCCAGGCCCGCGGAUGGCGCGGCAUCAUGCAAGCGCGCCGUGGCCUCGAUGUCGCAUUGACUCGCGGGCAACUCGCCGUCGACAAGGCCAGAGCUGUCAGCACCGAGCUACUCGGCGGUGCUGUCGCCGGAGCCCGCAGCGCGGGCAAGCGCUGUUCCUCCAAGACCUCCAAGGGGGAGAAGAAGACGGGGGGGUGCAAGGAGAGGGAGGGCAAGAAGCGCCGGCGCUGGAGUUACAAGGGGAAGAAGACAGACCCGAAUCAGCGCCUACAGUGCGGCUUCCGCGGCUACGGCCGUGGCUGCGACCAGCCGGAGCGGGCGGCGCAUGUAGCAGCGCAGCGCCGAGGCGACGCCGAGUAG